CUAGAGCGGAAGUAUACGGUGAUAGUUGAUGUGUGACAAUAACGGAAGAAACAACAGCGAUAAUUUUGAGCAAUAAACGAUUUAAAGGGAUAUAUAAAGCAUUUAAACAUGAAACAGAACCCUUAACAGGAGAUAUAAAGUCAUUCAGAAGGGAUUUAAAAUGUUUCCGUUCGGACUGAGGGAUGAUUGACAGCAGAAGUGAAACAGGAACUCACCCAGAAUUCUCCCAUGAUGCUCUAAUCUGGUGAACAGAAGCAGCGUGGCUAGUUUCUGCUAGCGUUUAUCGGUGAGUUUGGUGAUGUGGUGGUUCCAGGAGGGUCUGUGUGUGCUGCCCGUGGCUCUGGUGGUCUGGACCGCCGCCACCUUCAUCUUCGCCUACAUCACGGCUGUUGUUCUGAGACAUGUCGACCCGCUGGUGCCCUACAUCAGUGACACCGGGACGGUCGCGCCGGAGAGAUGCGUGUUUGGAGUCAUGCUCAAUGUGUCAGCGUUCCUAGGUGUCGCCACGAUGUAUGUGCGCUAUAAGCAGCUACAGGCUCUGGCGGAUGUGGACGACACUCGUCUGAACCGGCUCAAUGUGGUCGGGUUUGUUUUGGGCUGCUGCAGCUCAUUCGGCAUGUGUGUCGUCGCUAACUUCCAGAAAACCACUCUGUUCUCCAUGCACCUGGUGGGCGCCAUUUUGACGUUUGGUAUCGGCGCUCUCUACGUUUUCAUCCAGACGGCUCUGUCGUACCUCAUGCAGCCUCACAUCCACAGCAAAACCAUGUUCUGGACGCGGCUGAGUGUUGGUAUCUGGACCCUCAGCAGCAUCAUCAGCAUGUUUGUGUCAUCUGUGAUCAUGUACAGCACUCUACCUGGGGUGGAGGUCAACAAGAAGCUGCACUGGACGCCUGGAGAACCCGGUUUCACGGCUCAUAUCGUGAGCACCAUCUCUGAAUGGUCCCUCGCGCUGUCCUUCAUCAGCUUCUUCCUCACCUACAUACGAGACUUUAAGAAGAUUAACCUGCGUGCUUCAGCCGAGCUUCAGAGCAACCAUCUGUACGAAUCGCAGCAUUACCGGCCCGUUUCUGCGCGAGGACCGACCGAGACGUCCCCACUGCUGACCGGGAGCAUCUGAUGACCACAACUGAACAGAAAAACUGAGAUUCUCCAGCAAAACACAGGGUUAAACAUAAAAACACUGGACUCACUGUGGAGAAACGCUCAAAAUUCAUAAUAACAUUCAUACAACCUUUACACAAUGCUUAAAAUCAUGUUAUAAAUCGUCAGGCGUUUGACUGCAGCUGUUUUACUGUUCUUGAUGUAAGAUAUGCUGAACAUUUGUUGCUGGAAACUGCCGAGAUGUUUCAUGUUCUAGAAAUGUACAUUGACAGACUGUGAUUCUCCAGCAGAGGGCAGCAACACACAGGGUUAAAGACAGAAACACUGUACAGACUGUGCAGAAGCUCUCAAACGUCUUACUAACUUUUAAACAACAUUCAUACAACUUUUACACAAUGCUUGAAAUUAUGUUAUGAUAUAUGCUGAACGUUUGUUGCUGGAAACUGCAGAUAUGUGGUAAUGUUUUACUAUCUGGUUGUAAUAAUGUAUUUACUAACAAUGAACAAUACCUUUAUUACUGUUCACUGAUCUUAGUUAACAUUAAUGAAAAUAAAGUUAGUUCAUGCUAACAAGUAUGAAUUUGGAUUUCAAGUAAAUGUUGAAUUAUGAUUAAUAAAUGCUGUAGAAGUAUUGUUCAAACUUAGAUCAGGUUAGUAAAUACAUUAACUAAUGAAACCUUAUUGUAAAGUGGGACCAUAUAGGUUUCUAUUCUUUGCUUUUUAAUAAUAUACAUUCAUUUAUGCCACAUUAAGUAUUGAAACUGUAUUAUAGUGGUUGACUUGUACGCAGAAAUAACACUUCAUACCUCUGGAAUAAAAUGAAAAGCUGUUAA